CGCCACUGAAUAAGAGCCCAUUUCUCAACGCUGUAAACCAAAGCUUACAAGUUCUGUCUUAUCUAUCGGUCAGUUUGAGAUUUAGAAACCAGGAUGUCCAGCACUGUCAUACCCAUGAACUCUUCAACACUCAUCAUCCAAUUUCAACCAGCAACACAAACAACUCCUGUUACAACGGAGACAAAUGCUCCUGUGCCUGUUUAUGUACAACAGGUGGCAGGAGUUUCACCUCUUCGUGGACUUCAGGCAUUUCUGAAAGGCCAACCGAAAGCCCUUGGGACGGUCCAGAUAAUGAUCGGUGUGCUGACUUUCCUGAUUGGCAUUGUGUCUACAGUCAAUCUAUAUUAUCCAUCUAUCUUUGUCUUUAGUGGUCUUCCUUACUGGGGAUCUCUCAUCUACAUUACCGCAGGCACACUCUGCAUUGCUGCAGAAAAUAAAAUUAAUUCACCCUCCAGUUUGUGUCUGGUGAAUGCUUCACUUGGAAUGAACAUUUUCAGUAUAAUAACUGCAGGCAUUGCCAUUAUUAUAAUUUCACUGGACUUGGUUAUGGGGCCAAAUUACUAUUCACAGAGAGGGUAUGAGACUCUUUUCAGGGGAAUCAGAGGUGUAUUGUUGGUAUUCGCCAUACUUGAGUUUAUCAUCUCCAUCUGUCUGUCAGCAUUUGCCUGUAAAACCAAUGUCUGCUGUUAUCCUUCUCAGGUGCAGUUUGCUCAGGUUUUACCUCCACAGCCCUCUGAUUUCUGGCCCAGUCAUUUCCAAGAUCUUAACAGCUCAGAGAUUCCUGUGGCCAGCAGCUCCUCCAUUCAUCACCAGCUUGCAGAUGCUCCUCCACAAUACAGCGAAUCCAAAUAAAUAUGAAUAAGUGGAAAGUGUUCCCUUAUGAAACAAAAUACAUGGGAAUGCAUUAGAAAACAUAAUACAAUAUAUUAUAUAAUACAUUUCUAUAAAUUGUUUGAGAAACUAGUGCUUAUAUUUUUCCAACAUGCUGCAAUAUGUACUGCACCACAAUUUUACAUGUAAUAGCUUUAUUAAAACACUCAAUUUCUAUUUCAAGAGUUAUUGCUUAGGUAUACAUAUACAGUCAUGUGAAGAAGUUAGGACACCCUAUUGAAUUCCAUGGUUUUCUGUAUCAGGACAUCAUUUAAAAAAAAAAAAAGUGCUUGGCUGGUCUUAUUUUGAAAAUAAAACCUCAGAUGAACAACAACACAUGACAAAUUGCACCGUGUCAUUAUUCACUGAACAAAAAUAAAGCCAAAAUAGAAAAGCCAUGUGUGAGAAAGUUAGGACACCCUUACUGUUAACAUUGGAAUUAAGAGCGUAAAUAACAGUCAAGCACUGAUAAUUAAAUACCUUUGAUUAACUGAUCAUCAGCAAGUCUGAGCACCUCUAUAAAGGCAUAAGCUUUGGCAGUUUGCUGGUCUGGAGCCUUCAGGUGUGUGUUAACACAUUGCCAAGGAGGUAAGACAUCAGCAAUCAUCUUAGAGAAGCAAUUACUCUUCUCAGAUUGAUUGCUGCCAUCAAUCUGAGAAGAGUAAUACGGCCAUUUCCAAACAAUCUGAAGUUUAUUCACAAGUAGGAGACAUUUAAAACAGACACCUCUCCUUUCAGGAGUGGACGUCCCAGAAGAUACACCCCAAGAUCAGACCGUGUAAAGCUCAGAGAAAUGGCAGACAUCCCAAGAACUACACCUCAGACUCUACAGGCCUCAGUUAACAUGUUAAAUGAUAAAGUUCAUGACAAUACCAUUAGAAAUAUAUGGGACGAAAAUAUCAUGUUUGGAAGGCUUGGCAGAAAAAACUUCAUUGCAGCAUUGCAGCACAGUUUAGGUCUGCAAAGUUGCAUCUGAACAAAACACAAGUCUUCUAGAAUAAUAUCCUUUGAACAGACGAGACCAAAGUGGAGAUGUUUGGCCAUAAUGCACAGCACCAAGUUUGGUGAAAACCUAAAAAGCAUAUCAGCACAAACACCUCAUACCAAAAGACAAGCAUGCUGGAGCAGGGCUGAUAAUUUUGGGCUUGUUUUGUAGCCACAGGACCUGAGCGCCUCACAGUCAUUGAGUUAUCCAUGAACUCCUCUGUAUAUCAAAGUAUUGUAGAGUCAAAUGUGAGGGCAUCUGUCCGACAUCUAAAGUUGGGCCAAAAUUGGGUCAUGCAACAGGACAAUGACCCCAAGCACACCAUCAGAUCUACAGUUGAAUGGCUGAAAAGAAAAGAAUCAAGGUGUUGCAAUAGUCCAGUCCAAGUCCAGAGCUCAUCCUGACUCAAAUGCUGUGGUGAGAGCUGUGCGUAAGCAAAUGGCCACAAACCUCAAUAAACUGAACCAACGUUGGAAAGAAGAGUGGUCCAAAUUGCUCCAGAACGAUGUGAGAGACUGAUAAAGUCACACAGAAAAUGAAUGUGUCAAAUUAUUGCUGCUAAAAGUGGAUCUACAGGCAACUGACUCAUAGGGUGUCCUAACAUUGUCACACAUGGCCUUUCCAUAUUGGCUUUAUUAUUGUUAAAUAAAUAAUGACACAGUGUGAUAUGACAUGUGAUGAUGUUUACCUGAGGAUUUAUUUUCUAAAUUUUAAGACCUGCCAAGGACCAGAUAAUUUUUUAUUAUGACCAGAUACAGAAAACCAUGAAAUUCAAUAGGGUGUCCUAACUUUUUCACAUGACUGUAGCUGAACACAAAUAUAGCUGAACACAAAUAUGUUUUUUUAGCACUCUCCUGAAUAAACGAUUUCACAUAACAAAUGUUUACAUAAACUCCACAGGACAAAAUAAAUGAAUUUAUAAAAACUGCCCUACUUAAACAUUUACAUACCACUGAAUACUAAUAAUGUGUCGUUUCCUGGAUGAUCCACAAAUGUGUUUAUGUUUUGUGAUAGUUGUUCAUGAAUCCCUUGUUUGUCCUGAACAGUUAAACUGCCUGCUGUUUUUGUAAAAAAUCCUCCAGCUCUUGAAAACUUUCAGAUUUUCCAGCAUCUUCUGCAUAUGUGACACAUUUCCAACAGUGACUGUAUGAUUUUGAGAUCUGUCUUUUCACACUGAGGACCACUGAGUGACUCACAAUUAUUACAAUAGGUGAAAACAUUUACUGAUGCUACACUGCCAGUCAAAAGUUUGGUCUCUGUAAGAUUUUUAAUGUGUUUUAAAUAAGUUUAGAUAGGACACAUACGUCUGCAAGAUGUCUGUUAAAGAUCUCUCAAUCUGGAAAGUGUCUGCUGUGUACAAACGUCUGACAGAUGUCUGUAAGAUGUCAGUUUUGUUACGAUCCUAGGUGGUCAGUUAAGGGGAAAAGGGAAGUACCAUUAAAAUCGGGGAGAAAGACAUAACUGCAAACACAUAACAGACCAGGUGAAGA